UCCAUUUGGUCCUCCAAAACCAAAACCAAAACCAAAACCUAGUAGUGUUUCCAGUCUUUUUCUUCUUCAACUUCAACGAUGUUGUCUUCUCUGCGCCGUAUCGGAUCUCGGAAACGAAACUUCAAUGGAGGUAAUUCAGCAACUAUCCAUUUCUCCCCUUUUAUUUAUACUCAAAAAAACCCAUCUCUUUUGAUCAGUAUUAUUAGGUUUAGUUCCUCACCCCCAAAUCAUAAAAACUCUUCCAUUUCUUCUUCAUUUGUAGUUCAUUACUUAAUCAAUUCAUGUGGAUUAUCUGAACAUCAAGCUAUUACUGCUUCUAAAACUGUCAAUUUCACAACUUCAACAAACCCAGAUUCAGUUUUAGACCUGCUUGAAAACCACGGAUUCACUAAACCUUACAUUUCCAAACUCAUUACUUGGUAUCCAAAAAUUCUCAAAUUUGGAAUUCAAAAAAACCUAAAACCCAAAUUUGAUUUUUUCAAAUCUAAAGGACUUUCUGGAAUUGACCUUGCCGAGUUCUUCCUCUCUUGCAACCCAAGAGUCCUUGAGACGAGCUUACAAGACAAAAUAAUUCCUUGUUGUGAUGCCCUGAAAAACAUUGUUCAGUUUGACAAGAAUGUUAUUGUAAUUAUCAGACGCCAUCCAUGGCUUCUUACCGGAAGCGUAUAUCUAAAAAACUUGAUGGUCAACAUUGAGCUUUUGGGAGAUGAAGGUGUCCCUCAAUCCAAUGUUUCGAACUUUCUUAUGAACCAACCAAGUUCACUUACAAUCAGCACUACUAAAUUUGAGGAGAUUGUGCAACAGAUUAAGGGUAUGGGUUUUGAUCCUUCAAAAGCUGCAUUUCUUCGUGGUCUCCAGGGAUUGACAGCCAUGACCAAACCCACCUGGGAAUUAAAAGUGAAUGCUUACGGAAAAUGGGGUUGGACAGAAGACGACAUUCAGAAUGCAUUUAGGAAGCAUCCUCAGUGCAUGAUGCUUUCUGAGAAGAAGAUAAUGUCAACAAUGGAUUUCCUUGUGAAUCAAAUGGGUUAUAACCCUUCAUCUAUGGCCAAAUGGCCAGCUAUUUUUAGUUAUAGCUUGGAGAAGAGGAUUAUACCUAGGUGUUCUGUUUAUAAAAUUUUAACCUCCAAAGGUAUGGUUAAGGAUAAAAUUGCCUUAAUUACAUUUUUGAGUUUGAGUGAUGAGUCUUUUUUGAAGAAGUUUGUGAUCAAGUUUGAGGUAGAAGUUCCAGAACUAUUGAAGCUAUACCCAAGUGCAGUAAAAUCUAGAGCUACCUAGGAGUACUUCGGGAGGAUGUUCAGAGAUAAAAAUAUUGUAGCUUGUCUCAAUUAAGCAAGACACUCAGAGAGUUUUGGGCAGGGAAAAUACGGAUGUUGGAAGGGUGAGGAAUGCAAUUAACUAUGCCAUGCCUGCCCUUGUUCGGACAUAUAAGCACCGCACAGGCUGGACUACUAUAGCAGAGAAUACUGGGGGUUGCUUAUACACUCUGACAUAGCUCGUCUGCGUAUAAAAUUCAAGAGGCUCGAUAAAACAGCCAGACAUAUAUGCAGGCAUGCAUUUCAUUGCUUCAGAGAAUGUAAUCUACAUUUCUUAUACAGAGAUUAUCAGUAAAGAACAAGUGCAAGCAGUGAAAGAGCACAUAGAUUUUCCUGAUAUACAACCUGGUUAUACCGUUCAGCUCAAAGUGGUAGGUGAAGUUCUUACAUGGCUGACCCCAGAAACGAACAGGAAGUUCCAGAGAACAAACACCGCCUUUCACCUCUGAAAGGCACUGUUAUUGCAAAAGGAACGCUGGCCUAAAUUCAACAUUUAGAAUAAGAAGGAUGGUUGCAGGUGUUGGGAUAGAAUCUGUUCUCCCUCUAUACUCUCCAAACAUAAAGGAGAUGCAAGUGCUGAACAAGAAUAAAACCAGGAGGGCGAAGCCUUACAAUCUCAGGGAUAGAAAGAAUGCACUCAAGAAGUAACCCAGUCAGAAGGUUCAACACUUCAACAGUUGCCCGAUGUUUGUUGCAGUUAUUUGAAGCUUCUGUAACCACUGUGACCUGCAAGCUAGCGUUACCUCCUCAUUUUCUGUAAUAAAUUUUGUUGAUGAGUCUGAAUAUAUAGUUUUGGCAAGAUUGAACAGCAGGCAACAAUAGCUUUCUAUGUGUUUUACUUGUAUUUUUUUCCUUCUUUUUCUAUCUGCUUUGUAAGAUCUCUUAGUAAAGGUUGUUAUUGUUUCAGGAAACUGUACAGGUAACUUUUAGAAGCAGUU